CAAUACCAUAAAUCUUCGUUCUAUGACCCAACAGGAGGAUCUGCCCACCGAAGGAAUCUACAUUUGGCGAGGAGGCCGCAUGCCCGACAGCGAAGAACGUGAAAUGGUCAGGUUUGGUCUGUUUUAUCCACAUCCAAGCGAGAAGGGUCCGGAGGGACUCUCAACCCUGGAUCUUCAAAGUUGCAUUUUCACUGACAAACCACAUCUAGGAGGCAUCAGAUGGACCUACGUCGCGGAAGAUGAGGACAACAUCAAACUCGAUUAUACCAAUGCCAGUUUCUGCAGCAUGGAGCAGACGACGCCAACAUGGGCUCAAGCCUUCUUCGAGCGUUAUGAUGUGGAUCCAAAGGAAUGCGCACAAGCUCGUUAUGAUAAGAACUUGGAAGAAGUCACGCUGCAGUUGAAAGGAGAGGCGUAUGUGAUGACUCUUCCACAGCAUCAAGGCAAAGAACACUCAGCCUGAAGCUCACACAACAUUCAGGGGAUAUGAUGCUGAGAUAUUUGAAGGUAGCAUCGGAGCACCAUGUGAAUCCCAAAAGUAAUUGUUGAAUCUUCACUGUUUC